GACACAAUGCAAGAUUAAUUCAUGUAUGAUUCUAUCUUUAUUCUCGUCUCGUGAAAGGCAUAGAGGAUACAAAUUGUGGGAAGAAUAUAACCAACCCUACUUUCUUUUUGUAUUUCCCUGUUGCUAACACUUAAUUUCUCGGUUUAUUUAUGUCUUUUGUUUGUUUUUUUCUCGUGGCCGUGCUAAUUGAUUAUAACGAUGCACAAAUGGUAAAACAGGAAAUAGCUCACAAACGAGAUUAUUAUUAUGCUAGUUAAAGGAUAAUCAAUUUUACGAAUUUGAGAAAAGAGUGCAAUGUACAUGUUAUAUUGUUAUGGAUUGUAGAACCAAAAUAUUGUACAUGUUACAUUAGUCAUUGAUAUAGACAUUGAAUGUUGUGUGGUUAGAGGACUUAUAUUUUAAUUUUCAAUAUUUCAUGUAAGUAUAUAUUGGGCAAACAUUGAAAAUUGAUAUGUAAUUGAAACAUAUAGGGCUAUUAGCCUUCUUUCUUCAAAACCUAGUUAAGUCUAAUCUUUAAAAAAUUGAUAUUCGAAUUAACCGCGUAACUGAAAACAAGAAACUCAAAACAAAAAAUACUCACUAUCAUUAUACGCCAUACAUACGUAAGUGUUGUUGUGGUCCUUGUGGAUUCAUAAACGUUGUUGUGGUCCUUGUGAUUGUCAUUUACUUUUGAUGGCAAAUAAUUCUUCGCACCGAAUGCCGACUAAAUUGGAAUCGAAUAUACAUGUACAAUCUUUUCAUACAACAGACAUUCCGAAAAAAAAAAAAAAACAACAACAACAACUUGAUGCAUGUGCUCCACGAAUUUCCUAUCUAGCUCCCCCUUUAAUUUGUUUCCAAAAUUUUCUCUACCGAGUUAUUAACUCAAAAAAGAUUGGUCUACGAGAGGGAGAUAAACUGAAAGAUUCUUAAUAGUUUGAGCCCGACAUUUCACUACCUAGCCAUGCCACUAACAUCAUUCAUAUAUGCAUGUGGACCAAAACAAAAGAGAAUUGUCGUACGAUGUUGUUUAUAUGGCUUCCAAUCAAUCCAUGGUCACAAAGCCUUUAUUUAUGAAUCUUGUUUCUUCUACGUACGUUGGUUUCAUAACCCUGUGGCCACAGCGACUUCUAUAUAUAAUACAAGGCAUUUACUCUCUCCAACUAUCCCCCAAGAGAAAUCCAUCAUCAUAAGCCAUAGCUUGGAGGUACAACAAUGGAGGUGGAGAAAGUGCUUCACAUGAACCAAGGGAAUGGCGAAACCAGUUACGCCAACAACUCUACAGUCCAGAGCAAGAUCAUCUCUUUGGCCAAGCCUGAAACGGAGAAAGCACUCGUAGGGUUACUCCAACGAUGUUUGGUCGAUGGGACGACCGUGCUCGAGAGGCUUGGGAUUGUGGACAUGGGUUGCUCGUCUGGACCGAAUGCGUUUCGCGUAGUGUCGGAGAUAAUCGAUGUCGUGUUCGCCGAAUGUCAGAAAAUGGAUCGGCCUGUCCCGGAGCUCGGUAUUUAUCUCAAUGAUCUCCCUUGCAAUGACUACAACAACGUUUUCGUGUCGUUGCCCGAAUUUUACAAAAGGUUGAAGGAAGAGAAAGGAGAUCAAAUCAGUUGCUUUGUGUCCGCUACUCCCGGUUCUUUCUACGGGAGAUUGUUUCCUAAAAAAAACCUCCAUUUUGUUCACUCUUCCUCCAGUCUCCACUGGCUCUCACAGGUUCCGGCAGGACUAACAAGCUGCAAUACUCUCAACAAAGGAAAACUAUACCUAUCCAAGACCAGCCCGAGGACCGUGGUCGAAGCAUACACGCGCCAGUUCCAGGACGACUUCUCGACGUUCCUGAGGUCACGCGCCGACGAAAUGUUCCCAGGAGGACGCGCGGUGCUCUCAUUCAUGGGCCGAACAUCCAACAGCGACCCGACCGACGACGUGGGCUGCUACCAGUGGGAGCUGCUGGCGCGUGCGCUGACGAGCAUGGCCGCCGAAGGGCUCGUGGAUGAGGAGAAAAUCGACUCCUUCAACGCUCCUUACUACGCGCCCUCGGGAGAUGAGGUGAGGGUGGAGGUGGAGAGGGAAGGGUCGUUUUUGGUCGAUCGGAUCGAGCCGUUGGAGAUCGAGUGGGAUGGAGGGAGAGUUUUGGGUGUGGCGGCGGCGGAGACGCGAGGGGAGACGGUGGCGAGGACGAUCAGGGCGGUGGUGGAGUCGAUGGUGGAGUCGCAUUUCGGGGGAGGGAUUGGGGACGAGCUGUUUAGGAGGUAUGCGGUGGUGGUGGAUGAGCACUUGUGUGGGAACAAGGCGGUGUACGUCAAUUUGGUGGUUACUUUGGUUAGGAGGGACUAAUUUGUGAUAAGAUUUUAUAUUGUGAAUGCAGCCAAUAAUGUCACAAAAGAAAUGUUACCAGCUAAACUAAAGAUAAAUUGUUAUUGGUUCUUGUAACCCAAAUCGCCAACAUUGUUAAUGGCCCUCACUGUGCUUACUUGCUAGUUGCUCCCUGCACCCACGCACCGAAAUAUGCAUACAAAAAUGGCUUCAGGGAACGAGAUUGGAGUCGCAGAAGACUCGUCCAGUGUAAAACCGGUCGCCAAGUAUCUCAAGGGUGAGGUAAUUCAAUAGAUCGUCACUACUCUCUAGUGUCGACUGGAAAAAAGCAGAGCCAAAAAAAUUCUUGUCCCCCUGUUUUCCACAUUCUUCAUCAUUAGGGAGGCAGACGUUAGGGUUUGUAGGCCAAAUCACCAACACCAUCAAUAACCCAAUCCUUCCACCAGUUCCCUCCACUUUCGUGAUUUGCUCUCACCAUCUCAUCCUAUUAAACCCCAGCAAAAUUG